UGACAGCUGGGAGGUAUAGCUGCGCGUGCUCUCCAACUCGUAUCCCUGCGGCCAGGCCCCGCCCCUGGGCUGGCCACGCCCCCUCUCUCCCUGGCUGUCUGCGCUGCCCCCUCCUCUCCUCACUCAGUAUACGGCGUAGAGCACUGGAGGCGGCACGCAGCGCACUGACAGGAGCGGCACUGCGAAGACUCGGGAAUCUCCCUCCUAGCACGGACCGAGCCGGGGGCUGAGAUGACAUGCACCGCACCGGGCAUGCUGACACCUGUGUGAUCGCGGACUGAUCCCACCUGCCGUGCCUUAUACCCUGGAUCUAUCGCACUAUGGCCUGGGUCAAACUAUUCCGCCGCCAGGCCGGGGGGAACCUGGGCAAGGUGUACCAGCCGGGCAGCGUGCUCUCCCUGGCUCCCACUAAAGGCCUCUUCAACGAGCCCGGACAGAACAGCUGCUUCCUGAACAGCGCCGUGCAGGUUCUCUGGCAACUGGACAUAUUCCGACGGAGUUUACGUGGAUUGACUGGACAUGUCUGUUUAGGGGAUGCCUGUAUAUUCUGUGCAUUAAAGUCAUUAUUUACUCAGUUUCAGACAAGUCGGGAGAAGGUUCUUCCAUCAGAUGCAAUGAGACAUGCUCUUGCUGAGAGCUUUAAAGAUGAGCACAGAUUCCAGCUUGGUCUUAUGGAUGAUGCUGCCGAAUGUUUUGAGAACAUACUGCAGCGAAUCCAUUUCCAUAUUGUACCGAACAGUGAGGGUGAUAUGUGUACUUCAAAAUCCUGCAUCACUCAUCAAAAAUUUGCAAUGACUCUCUAUGAGCAGUGUGUUUGUCGCAGCUGUGGUGCCUCAUCAGACCCUUUGCCUUUUACUGAAUUUGUGCGCUAUAUUUCUACCACAGCUCUUUGUAAUGAAGUUGACAGAAUGUUGGAGAGACAUGAACGCCUCAAGCCAGAGAUGUUCGCUGAGCUACUUCAAACUGCUAAUACUGCUGAUGACUUCAGAAAGUGUCCGAGCAAUUGUGGCCAAAAGAUCAAAAUCCGCAGAGUAUUAAUGAACUGCCCAGAGAUUGUAACAAUUGGUUUAGUUUGGGAUUCCGAGAACUCUGACCUGACGGAAGAUGUUGUGCGUAACCUGGCUACACAACUCUAUUUGCCUGGGUUAUUUUUUAGGGUAACCGAUGAGCAAGCAAAAGAGAGUAGACUUUACCUUGUGGGUAUGAUCUGCUACACAAGCAAACACUACUGUGCCUUUGCCUAUCACACAAAAAGCGCCAGAUGGGUUCUUUUUGAUGAUGCGUCCGUGAAAGAGGUUGGAAACAAAUGGAAAGAUGUGGUCACAAAGUGCAUUCGCUGUCAUUACCAGCCUCUGCUUCUGUUUUAUGCUAACCCAGAUGGCACAGCAGUUACUACAGAAGAUGCACUAAGACAUGUUCUGCAAUGGUCUCACUAUAAAAGAGUGUUUAACCAUGAGGAUACAGGUAAUGAAAGAACAUCAAAGACUCAAGAGUACAACAGAGAGGAGUUUGUAGAACAUGUCUAUCAGAACAGCGGGCCCGUUCCCCAGAUGGAAGAUCCUGGAUUUAACAGAGGUGCUGUACAAUCCAGCGCUGGUAGAGGACCUGUUAAGCUAACUCGCAAUGAUCAACAAGAAAAGUGUAAAGAUCUCUCCAGAGAGUGUGCUCAAAGAGCUGCUAACCUGAAAGGCAACUCAUCCUCACAAAGAAAAACUGUGGACAAAGUGCAGAAGAAAGAAAUUUCCAGGCCAAAGGAAACCUCUGGAGGUGAAAUUUACCAGCCAAAGCCGUAUGCUGGAGUACAGACAAAGUCUGGUUCUUCUACUGCUGGUACUGGCUUUAGACAUUAUCCUGAGCCGAACGUUUACCACAGUCAAGGGAAAGGACCAUACAAACAUGAGAGGCCUGUACAUCAGUCAAAGCAACCUCUGUCUAGUACAGUACAUGCUACAGCACCUGAACCAAAACCAGUCACUCGAGUCAAAAGUAGUAGUUCAAUCGGAUAUGACACGGACAGCAGCCAGGACUACAAAGAGAGGGCAAGUAAUCGAAACCGAAAACAGUGGCGGCCAAUGCGGGAGACACUCAAUGUUGAUAGCAUCUUCAGUGAAAAUCAAAAAAGCCCCAGACAUGUGACUAACUCUAAAAGUAAAAACCAGCCUGUCAAGGAUCAGAGCAAUCCAUCCUCAUUGAAGGAGAGUCCCAAGCGCAAGGUCCUAAUGACCAUUUAUGAGGAUGAAGUAAAGCAGGAAUCUGGCAGCAGGAGCUCUCUGGAAUCUGUUGGGAAAAAUCAGGUCGAAAGGAACAAACUUAACCCUGAUACCAAGGCAUACCACCUAGAAAGCUGGCAGAUGCAGAGAACGGAGUCUGGGUAUGAAAGCAGCGAUCACAUCAGUAGCGGAUCAAGCAAUCUGGAUUCUCCCAUUAUUGAAGGAACCAGUUUCGCUGAUUUAAAAAACAUUCAAGAAACAAGUAUUUGCGGUGAUAAGCUUCAGCCAGGAAAUAUCAUACUUUCUACCUCUCCACGGACAAGAAGGCAUUUGAAUGGUUUUAAUAAAGAAAAUGAUGGCUUGGAGCACAGAAGAUGUCAAGAUAGACUUUCUCCUGAUGCACGUGAACAAAUCCACAGCCCUUCAGGCCAAAGGAAACAAAUGAUGGACACUAAAAGAGACCCCCGAUCUCCAAAUCUUUUGCUGGUCACAAAGGAUUAUGGCUUGAAAGAUAUGUACAUGAAUAAAUCGGGUGAUCCUCAUGACAGUUUGAACCACAUAAAUUCCAUCUACUCUGAAAAUUGUCUGCCUCAUGACAGUUCUUCAGUUCUAAGAGACAUGCCAGGAGCCACAGUAAAAGUACAUUCUACCAACGGAUUCAUGAAUUCCACAAUGCAACAUCCUUCUGCCGUUUCUUUAACCACAAGCUCUCCUCAACCAUACUCACAAAAUAGGCUGCAGUACAUGAACUCAAAUGUUUUUCAAUUUGGUGAAAGUCAAACCUGCAGCAGAGAUGAAACCUCCUCUAUGGAUAAUCACAAUGCAAGCAGUUUACCACCUCCUCUACCCCCGAAAAAAUACAACCGUAAUGCUAUGCCAAGAACUGAACAAAAUGUUGUACCAACAAUUAAUUCAAAACUUGCAGAAACAUAUUCACAAGCUCCGAUUCCACUGGAUACACGUUUAUCUAAUGAUUUAAUGAGGCCAGAGACUGAGACAGAUUACUAUCCAAGGAAAGAUACAUUUCACAACAAUGAACUUCAUAUUGGUAAAUCUAACAUGGCUGGUUCCUCUAUGUGUGAGUGUCGGUCGAAAAUGGUUCCACAUGACUUGGGAUUAGAUCCCGUUUCCCCUAAUGGAAACGAUACGGUUUCACUGACUACUUAUUUUUCUGUUGACAACUGCAUGACAGACACGUACAGGCUGAAAUAUCACCAGAAGCCUAGGAUGUAUAUGCCAGAGAAUGCAGUUUAUAAUAGGGACCCCUUCCAUCUACCAGAAACCGCACUAGAAUCAGCAUAUCGCACGACAUUUGACCACACUCAUCCUUCAUUGGUUUCGCGAUCUAAACAAUCAGUAGGAAAUAUACCUUGUAAUAGGUAAACCUAAACAUUUUUGGUACUGAAGAAUAAUAUUCAGUGGCAGUAUUUUUGCACACAGAUUGAAAGUUUUGUUUGAUUUUUGUUUUUUUACCCCAAGCACUAGCCCAUGAAGAUCCAGUAAAGUAUAAGCACAUACUGCUUAAGUGUUUUAUCUUCUGUAGUGGGGGCAGUGCAUUAUGUCACGUGGAUUUGUAUUUGAGCAUCUCUAUAUGCGUGGCUUCAACAAAGGAAUUUUUAAAUAAAGUGAAACAUACAAUUAAUGUUCUUAAGUAGGAAAACACAUUUCAAAAUGCAAAAAGUGAAUGA